AUGGAGCGUAAGCUGGAUCUUUCCCGUCUGACGGACGAAGAAGCCAAACACGUCUGGGAGGUGAUUCAACGAGAUUUUAACCUCCGUAAGAAAGAAGAGGAGAGACUCGGUGAUUUGAAGACUAAGAUCGAGAAGGAGGACACGAAGCGGGAGCUGCUGGGCUCCCAGAGCAAAGCGUCCGACUCGCUGUGUAUCCGCUGCCUGCAGCCCUUCAAGUUCCUGGUCAACAGUAAGCGUCAGUGUUUGGACUGUCACAUGUACACCUGCAAGUCCUGCAGCCGCUACAACAAGAAGGAGCAUGGCUGGGUGUGUGACAACUGCCGCAUGACCAGAGUGUUGAAGAUGGGGACUCUGGGUUGGUACCACGACAACGUCAGAAACCGAUUCAAACGCUUCGGCAGCGCCAAAGUCAUGAGGUCGCUGUACAAGAGGCUGAACGGGGACGGUGGUCGUGACGAUGACACUCAGAGUAUGCCGGACGUCCGCAACAUGUAUAACGGUAACGAGGACGACCAGGGAGAGGCCGAGGCUCAGCGCUACAAAGUGAUGAGAAAAAGUAAACGUCUGCUGUCGGUCCAUCCUAUGGACUUUGACGCUGAGGAAUAUUUCCCUCAUUCACGACGACCGUCUGUCCAGCAGAUACAGGAGGAUCGGUUCUACAGGAACGAUGUGGACUACGACAUGUACAACCACCGCGUGAACCGCAGGAAGAGUCUGGACCGCUACGCCAUGAGACCCGAUGACUAUGGGGAGAGCAGAAUGGUCCGGACUCGUUCCCUGUCUAAGAUAAGCUCAUCGGUGGCUCGGCAGCAGUACGUCGACACCUCCGACGAGGACGAGUACCAGAGAUACCCCCCCAUGUACCAACAACCCCCCCACCGCCGCAGAAACAGCAGAGCCUCUUCCCAGGAGAACCUGGGACAAGCCCCCCCCAUAAACGAGCUGAAUAAACGCAUGUCGGCCAUCGAGAGUCUGCUGAGCCGCUUGGAGGAGAAGAUGGUGCCUGUCGACGAGGCGUCGACUCCGUCCGGUCACAACGAGGAGGAGAAGCUGAGGAGGAAGCUGAGCGAGCUGGCAGGAAACCUGAGCGAAAAGGGCCUGUCAUCGGACGAGGAGGCCGGCAAGAAGCCCUUCUCUCUGGGUAAAGGUCCAGCCGGCGUCAGGGGCGGCCCGGCGGUCUCUCUGAACUCUCUGAAGGACAAAGAACUGAGUUCCUCCAGCGACGAGAUGCCUACUGAGGCUCAGAAGGUGUACAUCACGGCCGGUCGACGGUCCGAGAAACGGCUUGAAGCCCAGGUGUAAGCUUCGAGCGCAAAGAAUCACUUCGGAGGGACAACGGACUCGGAGCUGUCAGAGCUGGAGGACGUGGUGGCGCGCCGCCGCCGCCAGUCAGCAGAGCGAGAGGUGUCUGAUAUCGAGAGUAAGAUCGCUGCUCUGAGCGCUGCUGGGUCAAAGAAGAAGGUUUCUGGAUCUCAUCAGAGAAAAAAGUCAACACAGGAUUUCCCCAAACCUAAUGGAGCUCAGUGGAAAUCAAACAACAUGUACUGAACCAGAGAACCUGAGAACCAGAGAACCAGAGAACCAGAGAACCACCUGCAGCUUCAACACAAAGCUCCGCAGAAAACUUGUUGUGUUGACAGCUUGUUAAUCUUUUCUUUUCGUCUUUGUUCACCGGCUUUUCUCUGCAGCAGCCGGGAGAU